AUGGAUCAAAUAAUGUUGGACUCGGAUGACACUCUUCGGAGGCGUCAGCCAUUCAUGGAUGCCUCGAGCAGAAUCAAUCACAGCAAAUCACCAAAAGUGGAAACACCUCGCGUCAAAGUGGAGGAAUUUGACCAGCUCAAGACCCCUGAUCGCAUGUCGGUAGUCAUGAGCCCAACUCCCGGCGACAAAGAAAACCAGCGGUUAUCAGUUGCUACUGAUUGGCAAACAGAAUCUGCACGGAACUCAGUUGUCUCUGCAGCUUCCAUCUUGUCGGGCAAGGGAAAAAGAAAGACACAUGUUGGUCCAUGGCAGUUGGGCAGAACCUUGGGUAAAGGUGCGACUGGUCGGGUCCGAUUGGCCAAACACGCGGUCACUGGGCAGACCGCGGCUAUCAAGAUCGUAUCAAAGAAGUCUGCUGCCAUGGUGCAGAGCGAAAGUAUUGCGGCAAUGGAUCGGAACUCCAGCAAUUUCGCAGGAUUUUCGAAUACCCGACAGAUGCCGUGUGGGAUUGAACGUGAGGUUGUGAUAAUGAAGCUGAUUGAACAUUCCAACGUCAUCAGUUUGUAUGACGUCUGGGAAAAUCGUGGAGAACUGUACCUUGUCCUGGAAUAUGUGGAAGGAGGCGAGCUGUUCGACUAUGUCUCUCAAAACGGACCACUUCCAGAGGAAGAAGCUGUUCGAUUAUUUCGCCAGAUCAUCGCUGGACUAGGAUACUGUCAUAGAUUCAACAUCUGCCACCGAGAUCUGAAGCCGGAGAAUAUCUUACUCGAUGGCAAUCAUAACGUCAAGCUGGCAGAUUUUGGCAUGGCUGCGCUCCAGCCUGCAGGUCAUUGGCUCAACACUUCUUGCGGAAGCCCUCAUUAUGCAGCCCCAGAGAUCAUCUACGGUCGGAAAUAUCGUGGCGACAGAGCGGAUAUGUGGAGCUGUGGUAUUAUUCUGUAUGCUCUUUUGACUGGAUACCUGCCAUUUGAUGGCGGUGACUUGCCCAACACACUACGGCUUGUCAAGAAGGGCGAAUACAUGAUACCUCAGGAGCUGAGUUGUGAGGCGGCCAAUCUGAUCACUAGGAUUCUGCAGAAGCGACCGGAGGACCGUAUCUCGAUGCCGGAGAUUUGGACCCAUCCCCUCUUGACCAAAUAUGAGAAGUUGCACAAUGCCAUGGCCGACUACUAUAUUGGACCGCCUCCACCGUUGUCCAUAAAGGACUGUGGUAACCCGGUGACUAGCCGCAGCGAGAUUGACAUGGAUAUUCUUCGAAACUUGCAAACUUUGUGGCACGAUGUCAAGCCCGAAGGUUUGAUACAGAGAGUGAUGUCGCUUGAGCCCACACACGAGCGAAUGUUCUACAACUCCCUUGUCAAGUUUCGAGACGAACAACUGGAGAACUACCAGGGACAGCCGUUGGAGUAUUCUGCCAGUGACUACCAUCAUAUUUCGAGAAUCGGCGAAAGGGCUCAACGUGGUCGAACUGAAACUGGAGUAGCAAAUUCCAAACGACGCUCUCCUGCAAUGAAACAUCUACAUCGUCGGCUAGGUAAUACACAGGAACCGAAUUCUCCGGCGAGCGUGCAAAGUUACGAUCCCUUCAGGUCGCCCAAAGCUCAAGGAACGGCCGUCGAAGCCAAGUUCGCACAAAUUACAGUCCACCAUGCCGUCCCGGAGAUUCCUGAGCGUGGUGAAGUUUCGCCAGUCGGAAAGCCCCCGCCUUCCAUUAUGGAGGUGGAUGAGCCAGAGGAUGAGAACGAAGUAUCUGACUCACCAUUCACUGUUCUGCAAAAACGAAAACAUAAACCCAACUCUAUGAAGUCUUUGCAGUCCUCGAAAAUGCCUCAUUCAAGCUCUCGUCUGCCUGGCCUGUCUACUCACUCAACAAGCUACCGCCGGAAUGUGUCAUUCCGCCACACGCGCAAUCGCUCACAGGGAUCGACCAAGCCAAAGCGAAGAAAGACUACGCUUACCCAGCAGGGUGAAUUGAAGAGGUCUCCUAGCGCUGCGAGCUUGCAGAUGAUCGCGGAUGGUCUAUCCGUUCAUGAUAUCCCCAGCAGUCCACCGCUCCCUGCCCAACCCACAGUCGUCCGAAGCGGAAACAAAGUCAAGAACUUGGACCCACCCAGAAGGUUCCGCCAUCCAGACUUCGUAUGGAAGGAGGAUGCUCGUAAAGUGUCCAAUGAGCUGAGCCAGAUCUGUGAAGAGGCGUUCAAUGGUAGCUCUGUGACAACCAUCCGCACUGCUAGUACCAGCACAGAGAUGGGUUACGAAACCCCCACAACGCCUGUCUCCAUGGCGAGCCCGGGGCGCAUUGAUCAAUCUUCAAAGAGGGUCAGCUAUCAUCCACCGAGAGAGUCAAGUCGAUCUUAUGGCAUUCAGGAACUGACCGAGACUCGACAGAAGCUCGUUGAACACAGCUCGGGUCGCACCGAUAAUAUUCCGGGCUACCUAUCUGGUGUAAUUGGCCACCUAGAUCGGCUGAUCGAAGAAGAACAGUCUCAAAAGAUUGGUAAUGGAGUAGGAGAAAACGAACCUCGGUUCGUUGAUCCAUUCACCAUACCUACUCCUCCUACCAGUGAGCUUCCUUUGCCUGCGAUCAGUGAAGAAUUCGCUAGCCCCAUUCGUGGUGGUCCAGAUGAAGUGAGUCCAAAGCGGAGGCCCAAGUUGCGCCAUACGACGACUCGCCAUAGCGAUGGCAAGGCCACUAUCCGAAUGGUCCCACACAGCUCGCUUGGUUCAAUGCAGGAAGUUAAGCCAUUGAUGAUCCGCAAAAAGAACCAGCUCAUGGAGCCAGAUACUUACACCACUGAUCCCAUGCGAGCCUUCUCCGCUACAUCGAGACAGAGCCGUAACCCUGGCGGUCUUGACCCCAUCAGCGAAGUCCCAGGAUCCCCCAAGAAAGACGGAAAAGGUACAGAAAACAAGAAGUGGUCAUGGUUUAGAGCCCGCUCUCAGAAUUCCGACACGUUGCCUACUCUCCCACCGAAAGACAUACCGCCAAUCAUCCCCAGUACUGGGACAGUCAUUGUCAACCCCCCGCUAGAGCCCCAGUCUCCCACCCGGCCUGUUCCAACUCGCAAGACGUCAAUGGAGAGAUUUGGAGGUGCCUUAAAGAAGCUGGUGUCGAAGAAGCCAAGCAAGACUCCCGAGCCAGGGAUUGGUAGGUUGAAUCCCCGCAGCUGCACCGGAAUUUCACUGAGAUUGUUUGAAGACAACCCCAACCCCAAGGAUCGCCGCCAGUCAGAUGUACUUUGCAAGGGUUAUCCUGAGACGGAUAGUUCCUUCGAGACCGAUGAUCCGCAAAAUCCGUUCCAAAACAAGCGACGCUCGAUCGCAAACCACAAUUGGUUUGCUCGUGUUUUCCAAAUCAAACCUGCGACUCGGAUUAUUGCUCUAAAUACCAGCAAGGUUAAGGGCCGAAAGGUAGUCCACCAUCUCCUAGUGGACUGGGAGGACUAUGGAAUGGAAGAUGUCCGUAUGGACAAGGCCAACAGCAUUGUUCACGGUCGUGUGGGCGAGGUCAACUUUCUCCGACUACGUGAAGUUGAGUUCACGGCCCAGUUCUACACUGUCCUAGAACACGGCCGCCAGGCCAACUUGAGUCUUGUUAAAUUCAAGCAGGAGCGUGGUGCUGCGUCCUCAUUCAACAAGGUCGUCGACACUGUCUAUCAAAUUAUGAAGUCCCGUGGCCUCAUCGUCGAGGAUCCCGCGCGAGCAAAGAAGAUGGCCCGCGUGCUCGAUACUAUCCCCAGCGCCUAA